UCUGACGAGGAUGAAGUUGGUAACGGUGUAGAAAAUGACGAGGUUUCUUUUACUGACGCAGAGCCACGUACGGGUAAUGCAAAUUGGUGUGAAUGUGGAAAUUGUAGAGCAAUGGAAACUGAUACUGAAAGCGUGUGCUGUGUCGAGUCAAACGAAAUUCCUGAUGAGUUCUUCCAAGAAAAUAUUGACUCAUGUUUUGUUUUGUCUGUGGUAAGCAACGCUUUCUUGAAGAAGCUCAGUUUUGCCAUGGUUGUGGAGAAAUAAAAAGAAGAAAUAUUGACUUCAAAUAUGAAAAUCAUACUAACCUACUUCGUAAUGCUGGCACUUGGGACAUGCACAAAUGCGUUGACGAGAGAUUGCAAGUUUCGAAGAUGGACAGGCUGUCACAAUGAAGAAGAGAGUAAACCCAACAAUCCUUCUACAACAGAUUUGAAAAAGUUGACUGUUCGACUUUAUGACCGUCUCAUGCAGAUGAUGAGGCAAAGAACUGGAAAGCAACACACUGAAAAUAAGCGAGACAAAAUGGGUAGGAACUUUUUUACUGAGCAGGUAAAUGUGGACGAAAAAUUGAAAGAAGAUUUUACUAACUUGCUGCAGGGAAUGAAGAAUGACGAAAAAACAUACCAAGAUACUGAACCUACGCGUGAUAAAAAACAGAACGAAAUAUUGCAAAAGAGACUAAGAGAAAAAAAGAUGGAAAUAAAACAUAUUUUACAGUUACUGCUGACCAAUUGAAGAAUAGAUUUUGUGCUAUGAUGGUAAAGGAAGAAACAAAUUUCAUUUAGAAUUGAUCUUUGCAGCGAAUUCACUGACAAAAACUACUACAACACACUUUAUUUAUUUAUUUUUUUAAUUUACUUCGACCAUGUAAAGAUUAACUAAAAACAGGUUAUUACGUGAAAUACAU